GCUUUCCCCAUUUUUUAAUGAAUCUGUGAAUCCAGCUGCCUCUCCUUCAAUCACUCCUUUGCCCUAAAAACACAUGCCUGUUUUCUACAUAAAGCUCCUCUCUUUACAUCAGUUUCAUUCCUCCCCUCUGGUUCUUUCCCUUGUCCCUCACUCUCCUUUCUCCAAUCUCUUCUUCUUCACUGCGUUUCUCUGGUUAUCUCUGGCUAUGGCAAAACCAGAAUGCUAGUCUACGCAUGCGAACAAUCACCGAUAAACUUCUGGGUUCUUGGUUUUGGGUUAUUUUUUGAUGAGAUUUUGAUAGGGUUGUACAGAGAACAGUGAGGUUUUAUACAAUGGCAGAAAACGGCUUUGACUGUGUAGCCUCGAACCUUCUCUGCACAGAAACCAACUACUGGUGCUUUGAUGAUCUUGAUUCUGUGAACCCAGAGGAGCAAACCCAUGAAACCAAUAAUCAACCUCUGGGUUUUAAGGAUUUUGGAUCAGAAUCAGAAUCAGAGCCAUUUUUUGGUUUGCCAUUGCAGAGCGAAGAGUGUUUGUCCUUUAUGGCGGAGAGGGAGAGGGCGUAUUUGCCCAGAGAUGAUUAUCUCAAGAGGCUGAGAAGCGGAGAACUGGAUUUGGGUAUGAGAAAAGAGGCCCUUGAUUGGAUUUGGAAGGUCCAUGCCCAUUUCGGUUUUGGGCCAUUGAGUCUCUGGCUAUCCACCAAUUACCUGGACAGAUUCCUAUCGGUUUAUCAAAUGCCCAAAGAUACAAUUUGGGCAACGCAAUUGUUAGCUGUAGCCUGUUUCUCACUGGCAGCAAAGAUGGAGGAAGUUACAGUGCCACAGCUUGUAGAUUUACAGAUAGGUGAAGCAAAAUUUGUGUUUGAAGGUAUAACUAUAGAGAGAAUGGAGCUUGUGGUGCUGAACCAUUUGAAGUGGAAGCUGAGAGCUUACACUCCAUUUUCCUUCCUAGACUACUUCAUCCGAAAGAUCAAUGAUGAUCAGAAACUUUCAUCAGGGUCUCUGAUCUCUCGAUCAAUUCAGCUCAUAAUAAGCACAACUCGGGGUAUCGACUUCUUGGAGUUCAUGCCUUCUGAAAUUGCAGCAGCAGUGGCAAUCUCUGUUUCAGCAGAAGUAACAGGAGUAACCAUUGACAAGGCAUUGUCCUGCUUAACACAUGUAGAAGAGGGGAGAGUGGUGAAGUGUCUUGAUCUGAUCCGGGACUUGCCAUUAGUUACCAUUGAGGCCUCGAAUGUGGCUGCCGGUGCAUCCUGUCCUCAAAGCCCAAUCGGGGUGUUGGAUGCUGCAUUCUGGAUCUAUGGAACUGAGGACAUGGCAGCUCCACCGUGUGCCAAUUCUUCGCCUAAUAGUCCAGAAGCAAAGAGGAGAAAGCUGGACCAGCCAUUUCAAGAGGAUCUCAAGUCAUAAAAUGUAAAUUUUCCUCCUCCAUACCCUAUUCUAAUCUCAGAGAGAGAGAGGGGGGAGAGAGAGAGGGUCUCAAGUCUCAUGCUUUUAGCAUGAAAAUGAAGGAAGCAGCAGUUAGCAAUCAGAGUUCUCAACAACCAUAGUAGCAGUAGGUGGAGAACACAGAAAUUUGAAUAGCUUCAUAUGGUGUUUAGGGGAAAACAUACAUAGUUUUUGGAGGCAACUUCAGUUUUAGAUGAAAAUGGACGAAGGAAUGAAGUGGUACUGGGGAUACAAGUAGAAGAAGAGGGCCUAGGGGCAGAUAUAGCUCAUUUGUUUUAUUUCUUUCCUCCUAUCAAUUUCUGAAGAAUAUUUGUCCUGUCAAUGCCCUUUUGGUCAUUUACAUUUAUAAUCAUAUAAUACCUUUAAAUUUUAU